GAAAAGCAAAGGACCGGUUUUUUAUUUUACUGGGUGUCCCCGAGGAAAUUUGGGAGACAAAAAGGGAAAAAUAUAGGCAAAUUGAGUAGAGGAAGCGAUCCAUUUGUUAAUUAAUUUGGACCCACUAACCGAACCCGGAUGGAGAAGUGGGGUCUCUCACACUAGCAAACCCAGCUGUGUCUUCUUCAUAUUCUCUCCCCAUUCAUUUAAAUCUCCACCAGUCGAGAUCUGAGUCCUUGCUUUUAUAUUGCAAGGAAGAAGCUGCAGCCGCCGCCUUGAUCCAUCAGAGGAAUCUGUGAAGUGGAAUAAGGGGCUUCAGAGAUCUGGUACUGCAAUUGCAGGUGACUUUGUUGGUGACUUGGUGUUGUUUAUCUUUUUUUUUUUUUUUUGGUUUCUAAAGGACCCAAUUGAGAAUGCUGUUCUUUUUUGCCUUUUGAUAUGAAUUUCCUAUUGUUCAUGCUUGCCUUCUAAGUGUACUCUUCCCUGGUAGUGGAAAAGAAAUUGCUUUAAUUAGUGUUAGACUCUCAGUGUUAAUUAUUUCUGACUAAAUGAAAUGUGAAAAGUUGAACCUGCUGAGUUGAGUUCAGAUUUAUGCUUGCUUACCUACCAAACAAAAGGCAUGAUAGAUUCUGAGAUUCAUAGCUUAUAUUCCUUGCUGACAAAUUUUUUUCACCAAGUGGUGUUGCUUAUUUUUGUCUUUUAUUGCCAUGUGUGACAUAUAUGACUGUUUGGUUUUUAGUUGGAAAGUUUUCAUUUUAAACAUUCCAUCUAUUUUUGUCAUUAGAAACAAUGUUCAUUUACAAUUUAGUAUUAAUGCAUUUCAAAGAAGCAAAUUUUAUAGUGUGUAUGGUUGAAGUUCCAACUUCUAAAUGAAAUUUUUUUGCUUUCUCUUAUACGGAGAUGGGGAGGAAAGGAAAAUGGUUGUCUAGUCUGAAGAAAGCCUUCAGCCCUGAGUCCAAAGAAAAGAAAAUUCAGAAAUCAAAGGAGAAUUUGUUUGGAAAGCAGAAGGAUUUGGAACCCACUGCUUCUGAAUCAACCACUUUAGAAACUGUCAAGUUAUCUCGUCCUCAGCCAGAAGAGGUGAAGCUAACUGAAGCAGAGAAUGGAGUCAAUGCACAGAAUGGUCCACCUUACUCCAUGGCAGUCAUUAAUGCUGCGCCUACUGAUGCUGCCAUCACUUCUGCACCAACUGAUGCUGCCAUCACUUCUGCACCCACUGAUGCCACCAUUACUUCUGCACCCGCUGAUUCUGCCAUCACGGCUGCAGUGACUGCUGUUGAGGUUGUUCCACCAACAACAGUCAAUCGAUUUGCUGGAAAGUCAAAGGAGGAAGCAGCUGCAAUCAAGAUUCAAACAGCAUUCCGAGGAUAUCAGGCAAGAAGGGCAGUGCGUGCUUUAAGAGGGCUGUUCAGGCUGAAGUCACUCAUGGAAGGGAAUGUUGUGAAACGACAAGCUACUAACACCCUUCGAUGCAUGCAAACUCUUUCUCGUGUGCAGUGCCAGAUUCAUACUAGGAGAAUCAGAAUGACAGAAGCGAAUCAGGCUCUUCAAAGACAACUUUUACAGAAGCAUGCAAAAGAGCUUGCAAACUUGCGGAUUGGUGAAGAAUGGGAUGACAGCCUGCAGUCAAAGGAACAAAUUGACGCAAGCCUAGUAAGCAAGCAUGACGCAGCCAUGAAAAGAGAAAGGGCUCUGGCUUAUGCAUUUACUCAUCAGCAAAAUUUGAAAAAUUCUUUGAAAACUACAAAUGCAUUGUUCACGGAUCCAAGAAACCCCACCUGGGGUUGGAGCUGGUUGGAAAGAUGGAUGGCAGCCAGGCCAUGGGAGGGCCGCAGCAUUUUAGAAAAAGAACUGAAUAAUGACCUUUCAUCUGUGAAGAGUGCAAGCCACAGCAUUAUUGGAGGAGAAAUUACCAAAUCUUCCCCAACACCCAGCCAGAAGCCAAGCUUCCAAUCCCCAUCAACUCCAAAGCCAGCAUCCUCAGGCGUUGCCCGAAAGCUGAAGGCUGCUAGCCCAAGAGGCAAUGGCUGGGAACUGGAUGAUGACUGUAAAAGCAUGGUCAGUAUGCAGUCAGAGCGACCUAGGAGACACAGCAUUGGCUCAUCAGUUCGUGAUGAUGAGAGUCUUGGAAGCUCUCCAUCAGUUCCAAGUUACAUGGUACCCACUAAAUCCGCAAGAGCCAAGACCAGGUUACAGAGCCCACUGGGGGAAGAAGCAAAUGGGAUUGGGACACCAGAGAAAGGAACAAAUGGGGUUGCAAAGAAACGGCUUUCUUAUCCACAUUCCCCGGCCAAGCCAAGGCGGCAUUCAGGUCCGCCAAAGUUGGAGAACAGCAUUAACAAUGCAGAAAGCGUGAUAAAUGGAGGGGAAAGUUGAGUUCAUUUUAUAAGAGGAAAGUGAUUAUAUUUGCUCAGAAAGAAGUGAAGAAAGGAGAAAUAAUGGUCAUUUGAUUUAUGGUGACACUGUUAAUUCAUUCUGCACAAGAAGUUUGGUGGUGAAAUUGCUGGUCCGGAUUAGCUGGCGAAUGAAAAUCGUUUCCACUUGUUCUUGUUGAUUUAUUUACAUCUACCUUUUUUUUUU